GCAUGCGUUAAGGGAUAUUAUCCUCUGACACUUUGGAGCAUUCGUCGAACGUAUCUGAAUCUGUCAGGGGUUGAAUUCGCUUGCUCUUGCCUUCGACUGAACUGUCGCCUUGGCCAUUGGUUACGCUAUGCCGGUCCGCAAUGGUAAUAUAAUAACGGAAUCCUCGUCACAAUUCGUCAAACAUUGCCCCAAGUCAUCCAUCAAGUCUCAUACAGCACCCUUAGCCAAGGCAGCCCAACUAUAGCAUGGCGAGUUCCGAUGCACCAACCGAAAUACGACUUGCAGCAACUAUUGUAGACGCUGAUAUUGGCAAUACUACCGUCACACCAAAAACUCCUGUGUUGGCCAGCUCUGGAGACUAUACAAAAAGCAGUAAUGAGGAUGAAAUUACCGCUGGCACUCGUGAUCCGGAAGAUAUCACUCAGAGCGUGACAGCGAUGUCCGCAUCCGAGCAUGAUUCGUCCGACCCUUUGAACUUUGGUCGUCACCGUCGUGAAAAUGUCACCCAGCGUCAAAUGAAGCUCGAUCAUCCAAAGGGAGACAAGAAGAAGCUGAAAAGGUUUUAUAACAAGCAGAAUGAGCUUAUCGACCAGUUCCUCGGCGCAGACGAUGAGGAGCGGCUAGCUGUUGAAGAAGAUGCCCGAGUCGCUCCAAGGAUCAAGCUAGCUGUCAACGCUUCGUUUGUGGUCAACUUCUGUCUCUUCAUUAUUCAGAUGUAUGCGGCCAUCUCGACGGGAUCGCUUUCACUUUUUGCCACGGCUGCCGAUGCAUUUAUGGAUCUCGUCUCAUCUUUUGUAAUGCUCAUCACUUCUCGAAUGGCUGCCAGGGCCAGCGUUUACAAGUAUCCUGUUGGACGAACCAGGAUUGAGACAAUUGGUAUUAUCCUCUUCUGUGCAUUGAUGACUACAGUCGCUAUUCAACUGAUCGUCGAAUCGGGCCGAACGCUAGGUGCUGGAGAGAAGAAAGAUGCGGAGGAGUUGCACAUCAUCCCAAUCAUCUUCGUCGCCGUGGCAAUUUUCGCUAAGACCACCUUGAUGUUUUACUGCCUUGCUUAUCGCAAGUAUCCUACUGUCCACGUCUUCUUCAUCGACCACCGCAACGAUAUUGUAGUGAACAUAUUCGGUUUGGUCAUGUCCAUCGUGGGAUCACGCUUCGUUUGGUACCUCGAUCCAAUCGGAGCGAUCUGCAUUGGCUUGCUAAUCCUCUUCUCGUGGGUAUCAAAUGCCUUCGAGCAAGUAUGGCUCCUUGUGGGGAAGUCAGCACCAAGGGAGUUCAUUUCAAAGCUCGUCUACGUGUCAAUGACACACGACAAACAGAUCUUAAAGGUAGAUACAUGUCGAGCAUAUCAUGCCGGGCAAAAGUACUACGUCGAGGUAGACGUCAUCAUGGAUCAAAGCGUGCCACUCAAAAUCUCACAUGAUGUCGGCCAGUCACUUCAGAGGAAGCUCGAGGGCCUGGCGGACGUUGAAAGAGCCUUUGUCCAUGUUGAUUAUGAGGAUGAUCAUGAUAUUAAUGAAGAGCAUAAGCCGCUAUACGAAAAGGCGAGACCGAAGAGAACGUUGAAGGAAAUUCUCCUUGGGGCCAAAGUGAAGGACGGUGCAUAGGCAUCAUGACUU